UACACAUUGCUGUUUCUACGGUCACCGUCAUAAUGACAUCUGGAUUGAGGAGCAUGUUGCUACUGAUGCUGGCGGUAGGCGUGUCCCACACCCAAAACAACCACAACCGACCGGUCCAGAGCACCUGGGACAAACCAAUCCACUUCAGUACCAAGAGUGGUGACUCCUGCACCAUGGUGGUAUCUGGAGCUGGGGAUUACACCCGGCUCAGGGUGUCUUGUAAGGGACAGCCUUCACCCCAGCCUCGCUACUACUACUGUGACUUCCAGGGGAAGCCGAACAGGUGUCGAGCCUACAACUCCAACCCCAGACAUUACUUCACCCAGAUCAUGUGGGAAUUGAGGAAACUGAGCCAUGCUUGCCAGGGAGCCCACAUAUACAGACCUCCAAUGUGUAAGAAGGGUUCUGAUGAGGUCCAGAUGACCUUCCUGUCCUCCUGGCCCAAAACCACCACUCCUAAACCACCGAAGACUGGUCAGGACAUGCAAAAACCAGCACAGGCCCCUGCCCAGCCCAAAACUCCCAGCAUACCAUGCCAAGCCAGGCCCCUGCCAGGGAAGCCCACCACCAAGACCACACCAAGACCAACAGAUCAGGUGGAGACCAAGGCGGCACGCUUGGCACAUGAGUUCUGUUGGAGAAGCUUCCAGGAGAUCUGUACCUUCUUGAUCAGCUUCUUUCAUAACUGAGAGAAUGCCAGCCCAGCCAAUGCAGUCCAGGCCAGCCCCUCCUCCAAAUCCGCCCAGAACAGAUAGAUUGUGCUAUAUUCUUUUGACAUUCUUCUGAGCCUCCUCUGACAUUCCUCUGUCCUGUUUUGAUGCAUGGGUUCCUUGUUGUUCUAUUUGGUUUGAAAUGGUUCCAUUGAGACUGUGACUCGUUCUAGGUUUAGAAAAGUAAAACAAGGUGGUGUUCACCAUAGCAAUAUUACAACAAGAAAGCCUGUUUCGGUCAUAAACAGGAAAACCUGUAAAACCCCUUGUGACAACUGCUGAAAAAGGGCUUUAUAAAAGAAAUGUGAAAAAAUAAACGUGUCCUACGCGCUCCUGUU